AUGUCCACCACAAUAACUUCCACCGACAACAUGCCAAAGACAAUCCGUCUAACCAAUGGCAAAGAAUUUACCAUUGUCUCCAAUGCCGCGAUGACAGAAAAAUCGAUUCCCAUCAUCGAUGUAUCACGCAUGCAUAGUCCUGAGCUAGCUGCUCGUCAGGCUCUGGCUGAAGAAAUUCGAAAUGCUGCUCAUAGCAUUGGCUUUUUCUGUAUCACGAAUCAUGGUAUAAACCCGAAGCUAGCGUCAGAUGUGAUGGAGCAAGCUAGAGAGUUCUUUGCGCUCCCUGAGGAUAAGAAAAUGGAAGUGAGCUCCGACCUCAUUCCCGAUGAGUAUUGCGGGUACCAUGGGAUGCAGCGGUACAAUCCAAAUGGUUGGAAAUACAGAGACCUGUAUGAGGCGUUCAACUGGAAUUAUAAUCCGGCGAAAGACCCCGAUUACCCUGACCUAUCCACUCCACAGAUCAACCUAUGGCCCAAGGACAUGUCUGAAUUCGAAGAAAAGCUUAGCGCCUACCAGACCGAGAUGAUCAGGUUUGCACGUCAACUUACGCGCAUAUUUGCAUUGGCCCUUCACGUUCGCGAGGACUUUUAUGACGAGCAUGUAAAGCGUCCAGAAGCCGGGCUGCGGAUCCUUCACUACCCACAGCAAGAAGCAUGUCGAGAUGAACAGAACGGAAUUGGCGCGCAUACCGAUGUCGAGUUCUUCACAAUCAUCACCUCGGAUGCGGAGGGUCUGGAGGUGCUGAGUAAAUCCGGACGUUGGAUCAAAGUCAAGCCAAUUCCAGGUUGUUUUGUGGUCAAUAUUGCUGAUUGCUUCAUGCGACAGACCAAUGAUUUCUUUGUUAGUACAGUUCAUCGGGUUAUCAAUGAAAGUGGUCGGGAAAGAUAUUCGUUGCCUUUCUUCUGGGGCAUAGACCGGAGGACUCUCCUGAGUCCGGUACCAACAUGUGUCAGUGAUGAUAAUCCGAACAAGUACCCGAUCAUGACGGCAGGGGAGUAUUAUCUGUGGAGGACCAGAAGACAGAAGCGAUCGUGGUUAAUUGGCGAGAAUGCGAAUCAAACAACCAAAGAGUAG